AUGACGCGUUUCUUUGGCCUGCGAGGCAAUAGCCUCAACCUCGUGUCCUUGUUUGGUAUAACUAUGCCAGCGACAAUGUCGUUUGCGUAUAACCAAGUCCUGUUAGGUGGUAUCUUGACACUACAGAGCUUUGAAAAACAAUUCCCCGAGAUCGAUGUAGUCAAUGCCGUUCCUAGUGCUAAAAAGAGCAAGUCUAUUAUUCAAGGCACAGUGGUAGCUUUAUUUUCUGUUGGAGGAUUAUUCGGCGCAUUAUCAUGUAUCGGAUGGGGCGAUAUCUUGGGUCGUCGCCGGGUGAUUAUCAUUGCUUCCGGUCUUCAGUUGCUUGGAGCAAUCUUGAGUACAAGUGCAUACUCUCUUGCACAUUUGAUUGUAUCUCGCAUUUUUCUCGGUCUUGGAGUCGGUGGACUGAUGGCGACUGCUCCUGUUUGGCAGUCUGAGAUAUCAUCAACGUCAAAACGCGGUGCUCACCUGGCGACUAUUGGAAUAUUCGGGGGCUUGGGUGCUGGACUGGCUCUUCUCUUAGAGCUUGCUGUGUCGUUUGCUCCAGGUAGUAUCGGCUGGCGCUUUCCUUGUGCAUUUCAAGCUUUAUUACCCAUGACGGUGAUUGGAUUCAUCUCGUUUUUGCCUGAAUCCCCUCGGUGGCUCAUCAAGGUAAAUCAAAUUGAGAAGGCACGCGAGAUACUUGCCCUUCUAGAAGCGGUCGAAGUCACCCACCCUCAAAUUGAAGCCGAGAUUCAAGCUGUGCAGUUCUCCUUGAAGUCAGCUGGUGAAGGGUCACUACGUGUAUUAUUUCGGAUGGGCCAACAGCGAACUUUCCAUCGCGCGAUGUUAGCUGUGGUAGUGAUGGCGUUUUUGCAGUUGACGGGAAUUAAUGUUAUUGGGCCUUAUACCAACACAAUAUUCGAGACUUACCUAGACUUGAACUCGGUGGUAUCCCGUGUUCUAGCAGUCGGGUAUCAAAUAGUCGCCAUUGUGAGCGGUAUUUUGUGCACAUCCACAGUUGAAAAGUUUGGUCGACGAAAACUGAUGAUGAUCGGUGCCGCAGGCAAUGCUAUUUGCAUGACGGUCGUGGCUGCACUGGGAUCUCGACCUGAUAACCAAGCAGCUGUAUAUGGUGCGAUUGUGUUCAUCUUCUUGUACCAUUUCACAUUCAUAUUUGGGUUCGCGGGCGUUCCUUUUCUGUACGCAACAGAGAUUGCCCCGUUGGCAAUGCGUGGAGCGAUCAGUGGCAUCAGCCUGAGCACCUUUUGGGCAUUGUUCUUCUUAAUCACAGAGAGCACUCCGCUCGCCUUUGAAGCCAUUGGAUGGCGUUAUUUUCUUGUUUUUGCCAUUAUGAAUGUGGUCAUAAUAGGAGUGGUCUAUCUCUUGUUUCCCGAGACUUCUGGCCGAACGCUGGAGGAGAUAGACCAGAUAUUUGUUUCUUCGAACAAUAUUUGGGAGUCCUCCCCGCAUAUUGUAGCUCGGGCCAGGAGCGCGAGACAAACACUUCACUUUUCCCGCCCCACUCAGCCUCGACCUCGUUCAACUUCCCCCAACCAUGAUGACGACGACCACACGAAAUGUGAAAUGCUGGCGAUGGGACUCUCCCACGAUGUGGCCGAUGCACACGGACAGGGCGAACUUGCAUUCGAGGCGAGAAACAGACACGCUUUCGUCAGGCGAAGGAACGCGGGCUACGAAGUCGAUUCCCACUCAAUCAGGUUUGGGUCAAGCCGCCACCUCGAGGUUGGUCUCAACAUAUACCGUCGCCACAAAUAUACACAUUCUGAUAUUGUAUACGCUCUAGUGGACUUUGUGCUAGAAUCAGGAAGCGGAGAGCUAGAUGGCACAAUGAAUCCGUUGACAGCUGAUGGUCAAUUUAGCGAAGAAGACGAUUAUUCUGUCGACUGCAACCAAAGCCGCACUCCAGAGCGCCCGUCUUUUCCCACAAUAGAGCAUCGCGUAGCGCGAGGAGCGAACACACUAUCGAGUUCCCGAAUAUACCCUGAUUUCCGUGAACAGACAAGCUGUCGGUCGGUUGGUAGGGAUACAGGCGCAUCGCGUCCUAGGACGCGCUCCUGGCCCUUACGAGAUCCGGAGGAGGCAUAUCUCUUGAAACAUUUUGCCGAUCGAAUUUCAAUAUUUGUCAGUAAAUUCUCUUAUAUCAAGGCUUACAGCGAGCCUAACUAUGUCACCAUGGACGACGAUCUGCUUGCAGCAACCGUGAUUCUGAGAUUGUUGGAAGAAUUUGACGUCCCACUGGCAGGAUCGGAUCUUCGGGGUCACUCCUUCGGAACCAAAGCUUUCAUCCAAGGGCCUCCUCCAUCGGCGACAACAACCCCCAGCUUACGACAAGCAGUUUACUGGAGUGGCCUCCGACAGGAGAUCUAUAACGCCCUGAGUCUUCAACAGGCCCCGGAUGUUGAUCUGAGUUCUCUGCACUCUAUAUUUACCGCACUGGGACCCGACGCUGGAGAUUGUGCGUGGGCCAACCAAGCCAUUGCGCACUGUGCGGAUGUUCUUCUUUUUUCUUUUGGCACGGGCCCGCGUUCUGCGGCUGUGCAUGAAGAUUUACGAAAGCAGAAUGAACAAUGGAGACAUAGUCGCCCGGCAUCCUUUGAACCAUACUUUGUAGGCAACGACGUUGGUGCUGCAUUUCCAGAUAUUCGAUUUGGCUCACCCUGGCACGCGAUCGGAAAUCAAUACAUCACACUCGCCGGGAUUUUGCUUUCGGUGCACGACCCCAGCAUCCCGACCGUUGGACCAUCAAGGCGGCGUUUGGUACAAGAGGCGGAUGACCAAAUCCGCAAGGGGGUAUUGACUGUAUGCGGUGUGGCUUUGUCUAAUGACUCUGUGCCUCCUGUGAUGGUGGUUGGGUGUAUGGCUAUUCAUCUUUGUAAGAUUAUCCCCCUCCCCGUGAUUGACGAGAAAGAAAGUUAA